UUCAUUUUCAGCUGUGAAUAAAAUAUUUAGUUUAGCCUAACGCAAUUACAAUGGCAGAUAUUAAUAAUAAUUCGUCGCAGUCGCAGUCGCAGCCGCAGCUUGUGGCAGUGAAACGGGAUCGCAGCCCUGCGCCGACUGCCAUGAACGUUGCUCCUUUGGCAAAGCGUCCCAGCUUGGCCGCUCCGCAAAGCUCGCUGGGGGGCACUUUGACGACUGUGGCACGGCCGCCGCAGCUUCCAGGCUCAGCGGAGAAUAAUAAGCGAGAGGUCAAGCUGCUCAUGCAGAGCGUCAAGUCAAUGUUUAUUGAAACUUUGCCGCAGCUGUCGCCGGAUCUCAUUAACAAGUUCGUCUUUGGUGGCGAGCACAAGAUUCUGGUGCUGGUGCUGGGUGAUCAAGUCGUUGGCGGCAUUUCCUUUCGUUCGUUUCAGCCGCAAGGAUUCGCUGAGAUUGCCAUUUGUGCUGUGAAGCCAGCGGUGGCCCGUCUAGGCCACCAAUUGAUGAAUAUGUUCAAAUAUUAUUUGGGGCUACGCGGCAUUAAGCAUCUGCUCACCCAUGCCGAUCGCUCCAAUGUGGCCUACUAUAGGGAGGAGGGAUUCUCCGAGAGAAUCAGAAUACCAGUGGCCAUUUAUCUGCGCCAUGUCAAGCACGACAUGAAGACCAAGCUUAUGCACUGUGAGCUGAAGCCGGUUAGGUAA